CUGCUCGCGCUGCUGGAUGACAAGGUGGGCAGGUCCCUUGCACAAGCAAGUUUGAAAAACUCCUCCCCUCACUUCCUCUCUGAUCCUCUUUCUCAAUAUCCUGGCGUAGAAUUGCCUGCAAAAUCAGAUAAGGGUGCAGGACCCAGACCUUUCAGGCGUUCAAACCACAAUGGCAACCCAACACCACGGCAUGAGCUCCAGCCCCGGACACCCAACAAUGAGCCACGAGCCUGGAAGCCAACUGAGAAUUGUCUUAGUGGGUAGAACUGGAGCAGGAAAAAGCGCAACAGGGAACAGCAUCCUUGGAGAGAAAGUGUUUAAUUCUGGCAUCGCAGCCAAAUCCAUUACCAAGACCUGUGAGAAAAGGAGCAGCAGGUGGAAGGAAAUAGAACUUGUUGUGGUUGACACACCUGGCAUUUUUGACACCGAGGUGCCAGAUGAUGACAUAAGCAAGGAGAUUGUCCGCUGCAUCCUCCUGACCUCCCCAGGGCCUCAUGCCCUGCUCCUGGUGGUCCCACUGGGCCGUUACACUGAGGAAGAGCAUGAGGCCAUAGAGAAGAUCCUGAAAAUGUUUGGAGACAGGGCUAGAAAAUUCAUGACUCUCUUAUUCACCCGGAAAGAUGACUUGGAUGGUACCAGUUUUCAUGAUUACUUAAGGAAAGCUCCAGCGGGCAUUCAAGAGUUGAUGAGCAAGUUUGGUGAUCGCUACUGUGUGUUCAACAAUAGGGCAACAGGCGCUGAGCAGGAGGCCCAGAGGGAGCAGCUGCUGGCCCUGCUGCAGCACGUGGUGAGGGAGAAUGGGGGAGGAUGCUACACUAAUAAGAUGUACAAAAGGGCUGAGCAGGAGAUUCAGAAACAAACCCAAGUGGCGCUAGAAAAAUACAGAGCAGAGCUGGAGAGAGAGAAAGCACAGAUAAGACGGGAAUAUGAAAACGAAAUCAGAAAACUGAGAGAUGAACUGGAACAGGAAAAGAGAAAGGCACAAAUGGAGAGGGAAUUAGCAGAAAGGGAGGAUUUCUAUGCUGUAAGGCAGCAAGCUGUCAGAAGGGAAGUUGAAAGUCAGAAUGAUAUGGUUGAAUUCAUCUUUAAUUUGUUAAACAUUGCUUACCAUAUUUUCUCACGAAUUUUUUUGGAAGAUUAAAGCUGAAGAAAAUCUGUCGAUAUUUUCUGCAUAUUCUCUGGUGAACUUGCCCCAUGCUACUCAUUUAGCCAAGUCAGGGUGCUCUGGUUUCUGUCUCUCAGGCUCUCAGGACGAAGGAGUGCAGUAAAAUUCACCAUUGGCAGUUGGUAGAUGUCUGAUUGACUUAAUAGGAGAGGGACAAAUUCCCGAUUUGUGAAACUCCAAAGCAGAAAGUACUGAUGCUUGCUACCUUGUGAACUCUUCCUCAGACUCACAGAGAAAAGGAAUGUGGGAGACCAAAGAAGAUCACCACAAGCUAUAUCUCUUUAUCCUUAGUAAAAUGUCUCUUCUAGAUUCUUUCUAGAUCAGCAGAUAAUCUCUCCCUGUAAUUCUACUCAUAUUUGCCUUUAGGGACAUGGUAAUCAUCUUACCCCUAUGGUUUGUUAGAGAGAUCAAUUCUUUGUUUGUAUUAGGUAAAUCUAUAGAUGGAGAUGCUUGUAGAAUUGUUUCUAGAUAAAUGUUAAUUUGUUUACUUACAUUUUCACAUAAGGACUCAAAUUGUUCCUUAUCAUCUGCUCUUUGAAGAACAAUGACUUGUCUGGAAAAUAGAUCUCUCCAAAUUCAACUAAAUGCAAUCCCCAAAUGCGAGAGUGAAAGAGCAAUUCAACAGAUAAGAGAACAAUGGUUAGUAUAUUCAGUUGUAUCUGUAGAAACUCUUUGACCAACCUCAGUUUAACCAAUUUGAAUGAAUAACUAGCUCUUUCCUUUUCUUGAGAAAGAAAUCUGUGGUUGCGACCCCACCUCCCUCACCUUGAGUACUUAUUGCUUGGCAGGUCAUCUGCACACUUCUGCCCCAUCCAGUUGAA